UCCUCCGCGGCUCGCCGAUCCGUCGGGCGUCCACGCUUCCUCCUCCUCCUCGGGGCUGACCGAGUUAGCCUACGCCCUGCUCGCCGUGAACCGGCCCUUCCCCCAGGAUUCCCUCCGCGGUGCCCCCGCGGGAUUCUUCAGGAACCCGCGUGUUUGGUCGGCGUUUCGAGCUGCGUUUCGGUUUUUAAGGUUAACUUGAAGACGAACAUAAAGGGCGCCGCGAGUUUCGGAGGCUACAGGCUUCGCGGCGUCUCAGUGCGCAGACGGCGCAGUCGCUGUCGGCCGUCGCCCUCGGAACCACAGCAGAGCGGGAGGACGUGGCACCGCUGGGUUGCAGGAGGACGGACGGGUUCCGUGUUAUUUCCUCUGCAGGAAAACGUUCAUUGGCGUCGCCACGUAAUCGCGAUAAGAGCCUUGGAUGCCCUUCGACUUUUGAGGGGAAAACAAACUUGGGAGGGCGUUGAAUUUACUUUACACAGGAGCCACACGGUCAGAAUGCGCUGUGCGGCUCACUUUAGAGCUGGGCUUUCCAGUUAUGACACAUUGAGAUGAUUCUGUGGUGAAAAAUGAUCUGAGAGCUGUAGGACUUCAUAAACCAUCCAUCAGACUGAGAGAAGAUACAGGGCACUGUCUUACAGCACGACCCCUGGCUGCGAGGGAGCUGCUGUCAAUGAAAGCUCUCUUCAACUAUGAUGACCGAUCAGCACCUCCCACUUCUGGAGGCCACGCCCAUGCUGGCUGAGGUGCCCCUCCUCCCUCACGUGAUCAGUGGAGAUGGCAUGCAGCAGAUGAUCUUGGUGCAGGUGAAUCCGGGAGAAACGUUCACUAUCCGCACGGAAGACGGACACUUUCAGUGCAUUACAGGUCCAGCGCAGGUGCCCAUGGUCUCCCCCAACGGCACCAUGCCUCCCAUUUUUGUUCCUCCUGGUUACGUUUCUCAGGUGGUGGAGGAAAAUGGCAUGCGGAAAGUGCUGGUUUUGCCCCAUGCUAUGGAGUUCCACCCAUCUCUACCGCCUGUCCCGCCUCAUCUCCCCCUCUACGCUUCGCCGCACCCAGCCAUGCUACACCACCCACACGUCUUUCCCACUGAGCUCCCUCACUACGUCCACCAGCUGCCUGCCUUGCCGGUCUAUUCGGAGCAGGACAUGAUGUGUCACAGCAUGUCGGUGCCAAUCCACGAGGAACGCUCAGUGAAAAUGCAGGAGCAGCUGCAGCGAAGACUGAAGAGCGGGCAUCUGGGCACCGCUAAUGGUGUGCCGUUCUCUUACAACUCCCCUGGACCUUUUAUUAAAGGGGGUCAGGCUGCCAUGCACAACGGUAACAGCAAGGGCCGGACAGGCUUAGCUGCCUCUCCCACACCCCCCCGACUCAAACACUCUGGCCGGACCAGAGGCUCUCCUACAUCCAGCUUCGACGUGAAAGACCCAGAGGAAGAAGUGAGACGGGUGCAGGAGCUGCUGUCUGCCGUAUGCAAACCCGCUGUGGGCAGUCUCACGUCCCACUCGGCUGUUCUGUCCUGGCGUCCGCCGCUCCCUUUACCGUCGGAGGUGGACACACACUCAAACACACGCGCACACACUGCCCUGCUGCUCAGCUACGAGCUGGCCUUGUCCCAGAGUGGCACAGAGGGAGAUUUCAAACUUGUGUACCAAGGGAAAGACACUACAUGCACGGUGGGAGAUCUGAGACCAGCUGCGCACUAUUACGCCAGGGUUUGUGUGGCGUGUAGCUCGGUGAAGGGAGCUCCCUCUGAGACCGUAGCCUUCACUACUCUGUGCGGUACCCCAGAUGCUCCUGCAGCCCCCCGACUCAUCCAGCGCACGAAGAGCUCCAUCAGCCUUCAGUGGACGUCACCCAAUGACAAUGGCUCCAAAAUCACUGGAUUUUACUUGGAAUACCAUGAGCAGGGAAAACAAAGUGCAUUUAAAGAGGUUUACAGUGGCCUUGCCAAGCAGUACAAAGUCAUGCGACUCAUGCCUUCAACAAAAUAUGCCUUCAGACUUGCUGCUAAAAACGAUGUGGGAAUGAGUGCCUUCAGUGCUGUUCUGAGCUGCUGCACAGCCAGCUGUUCUGCCUCUCCUCCUGCACCACCAUCUCCCCCUCGGCUGACGGAGGCUGGAGUCACAUGGCUGAGUCUGGAGUGGGGCGCCCCCUGUGGGUCAGCCAGCCGGGAUACACCCACAUACAUUCUGGAGAUGGAGGACAAGGAAUCGGACUGUGGCUUUCAGCUGAAGCAUAGAGGAGAGGAGCAGUCAUGUACAGUGAAGGAGCUCAGAAGAUUCACGUCCUACCAAUUCAGGGUGUUGGUGGCUGGCUCAGAGGGCACCAGUCAGCCCAGUUCAGCAGUGGAGUACAGGACCCAACCAGCCCAACCUGGUAGUCCAGGCAAACCAUCACUGCGCUGUCCUGCAGAGCCGCACAGCCUGCAUGUUAUCUGGGAGGCACCAGAGGAUGAUGGGGGCUCACCAGUCACUCAAUAUGUGCUGGAGCUCAGUCACAGUGGAGAUGAGUGGGAAGCUGUGUACAGCGGGUCUCUCAGGCAGCAUGUGUGUGAGGGCUUGCAGGAAGGGACGUGGUACAAGCUCCGAGUGCACUGCCAGAGUUCGGGAGGGCAGAGUCAGGUGUCAGAGAUCUUCUCUGUUGAGACGCCACCUCUGCCUCCUGGGCCGUGCCAAGCGUUGCGCACCGCAGGUGCAGCCGCAACCUCAGAGAUUCCACUCUGUUGGGACCCUCCAGUGUGUGAUGGUGGGGCACCAGUGUCCCAGUACUGCGUGGAAAUGACCCAGUCAGCAGAGGAGUAUCAACAGCAAGUGUUCUGUGGCUCUGAUCGCUGCUGUACUGUCAGCCAGCUGCUACCUGGAAGAACCUACCUCUUCUGGGUGAAGGCCUGCAAUCCAGCAGGGUGGGGUCCUUUGUCAGAAAUGUGCCAGGCCUCCACAGCCCCAGGACCUCCAGAGCAGUGCAGCGCCCCACAGCUUAUACUGAACACGUCUACUAGCGGACUGGCUACUUGGCAGACCCCAGAGGGCAAUGGGGCAGAGGUGUGUGCAUUCAGGAUGGAGUGGGGGCUACAGGAAGGCGCUCUGGAGUUGCUGUAUUCUGGCCCCUUAACUCAGUAUGAAGUGAGUGACUUGCAGCCAGCCACAGAAUAUCGCUGCAGGGUGCAGGCAGUCAGUGCUGUUGGGGCGGGCCUCUUCAGCGAUGUUGCCACGGUAACCACACCAGCCUCAGUCCCAGCAGCUGUGGAGCAUGUUGAGGAGAUGAGGGAGGGUCCUUUGGGUGACGUCAUGGCUCACAGCCCGGCUACCACUCUGGCCUUGCGGUGGAAGGAGCCUAAUUGCCACGGAGCAGAAAUUUCUAGCUAUAACAUAGACAUUGGAGAGGAGCUCCCUCUAUCUACAGGGAGGACCAGCUACCACAUACUGGAAAAUCUGCAACCAGACACCACAUACAGGAUACGGGUGCAGGCGGUGAAUAGCAUGGGUGCUGGUCCUUUUAGUUCAGUGCUGAAGCUCAGGACACGAGCGUUGCCUCCAGAGCCCCCAGUGCUAGAAUGUGCGGUGGCAGGUCCUCAGAGCUUGAAGCUGAAAUGGGGAGAGGGUCUCAUCAGGCCACAGACCAGCCGAGGCACGCACUACUGUUUGCACAUGCAGCUUGGCGUUGACAGGUCGAUUUGUAUCUACAGUGGUCCGAGCCAUACGUUCAAAGUACAGCGAUUGUGUGAGGCCACAGAUUACCAGUUCAGCAUUCAAGCUCACAGUGAGGCAGGAAUGGGCCCCCUCUCCCCUUCCUAUACCUUCAGCACCACCCGCUCCCCCCCACCACAGCUCAAAGCCCCAAAGGUGGAACUCAUUGAGCGGAAUAAGUAUGCAGUCACAUGGGAGGCCCAUCAGCCAAUGAAAGGAGACCUGAUUGUGUACAAACUGCAGAUGCUGAGGGGGCGUGAAGUGGAACAGCUAUACAAGGGCCCAGUGACCUCCUACACAUGGCACAACACAUCGGCCGGUGUCGCAUGUCGGCUACGAGUCUACGCUGGACGCCGGAGCCAGGAUGGCAGCGAGCUGUGGGGUCAGUGCAGCCUCAGCACAGGCCUGCCUGCGACUGAGCCGCCGAGGGAACACAGGAUCUCCAGCUGUCAUGAGCCUCAGCCCAGGAGAAGCUGGCCUCUAACCGACGAGCCCUUUGCCACCGUCUUGCUCCUCGGCUUCGUCGUACUGGCCGUCCUCUUUGCGGUGCUCAUCCAGUACUUCGUCAUUGAGAGAGAGUGAAGGAAGCGGGAGGGGAAGGAGGGAGCGGUGUUAGAGCAGAGCAGGCCUCGUAGCACAUUAGCCUCUUUUUCACUGUGGUUCUGAGCACAGAGAGUGACCCUUCCAGUGGCAUUUCCACAAGGACACGGUUUGGCACAGAAUGCUCACUGUGCCUGUUACGGCUUGCUACCCGUGCUCGUUUCAGCAGAACUGUAAGCGUAAUGACAUAUUUAUUCAUUGAUUGGUUUUUCUUGUAAGUCACACGUGUGACGGCUCAUCAAAACCAAAAAUGGUCAGUAAGAGCUCAGUGUAAUUCCACGUCCUCCAAACUGAACGAGGAGCCCUGGUCCACUGUCGUCACCAUCGUUUUUCUUCCUAGUCUAACACGGUUCGGUGUUUUGGCUCCAUUUCACUCUACAAUGGGAAAGAGGCUACGCUCGCGUGGACUAGCACAGAUACGUAACCCAUUCGCAACAAACACUGAGCUUAGUUUUGUUAUGAUUUCUACUAGUAUUGCAUGGAAGAAAGAUCAUUUAUAUUUGAUGCCAGUCAGUACUUUUCCAACACAUUUUCUGUCAUGACCAACAUAAACUGUGACAAAUGGGACAAAACGAUUGCUGCCUUAUGUUCCUGUAGAGGGUUACUGUAUAUGGUGGUGGCCAAAUUAUAUAUUCCUAUGGAUUUAGAUCAUUUGUUAUGAAUUGCGUCUAGACAAGGCCAAGCUCAGUACUUUGAUGACCUUGGCUGGUAUUUGGUACACAGUAGUUUGUUUUUUGUUUUUUUUUGGCCUCCUUCAUCAUUUGGCCAUCAUGGGAUACAGCCAGGACAUUCCUGAGGAUGCUGUACUGGGUUUUUGUUCCUUGAUGGAAAGUAAGUCUUGGGGACUGAGUACUCACUGCCUCACACAGAGAUGAGCUUGUUGCUUAUCUCUCAGGCAGUUUUCCUGUUUUUAUCACAAUUCAAAAGGGAGACAGUGCCAAAGUUUUCAUAGAUAUAGUAAAAAGCGCCCUCAUACAGGACUAAAGCUCAGCGUUCUCUCAUCGACAGAUAAGAAAUAUUUUCACAUUUUUAUGACCGCUCUGUAACAUCAUAAUCGCAACGUGAGUAAUAUUCCAUUUAUCUGAGACAUUGGGAGAGCUAGAUGUUUAUGUUCUGCUAUCACCAGUGUGUGCUUACACAGUAGAGUAUACAUACAUUCUAGCUAUGUUCAUGUACAUACAGAUAUGGCAGUACUGGGUAGAUAGCCUGUAUGGAUAUGCAUUUGUUAUAAAUGUCUCUCUAUUUAGCUCAAACUGAGCAUAGUAGUCCCUUUGCAGUCUUAGAGAAGCUUUUGAUCGAGAGUUUUAUUUUACUAUGUGCUUUAACACUUUAUAUUCGUAGUGAAUUCUCUGUCGUCUCACAUUUCACCCAACACUACUGAUUUGGUAGCACACGCCUCCUCCAUUACCAGCAAAACCUGCCGCUCUUUAUAACGACUCGCAGCCCGGAAUUGUCGAGAAACUCCUUGUGCUCAGAUAAAAGCUCGGCCAUGCCGCCAUGCCGACCGGGUGGGGAGAUCUGUUCCUGGAUUCCUCCUCCGUUUAGUGAUUUCCCUGUUCAAACCACCUCUUUCAUCUUAUCAGUUAAUUGUCAGGUUUAGUUGAAGAGCAAUACGGAACUGUACUACCCCUCAGUUACCCACCCUGAUGUAGAUACUUAGCAAUGCAGCGGUGGAAAACCUUUGUGUUCUCAUGGACCCAUGGCCACGUACUGAGGUUGGCACAGUAGGGAUUCAGGUCUUUGGUAGCUUCAGUAAUUUGGUGAAAAAUUAAAUGUAUCCAACUUUCCUGUUACCCAAAAUUCAGGGUUGCCAAAUCUCAAAGUUUUGGCAUGAGACUCAUCAUUUAGUUUUUUUUUUUUUCUCCAUCUCUACGAAAUCUAAAGCCAACCUGCAUGCAUACUCAUACCAGCUGUUUUGUGUUCUAACAUCUGAUUGGCUCAUAUCGUAGCCCAUUAAGAAGAGAUGGGCUGAAUCCCUCGCAGCCCCACCUUUUUACAUCGUUAGUGUAGACAAAGUAGGCAUUCCUCGGAUCAGCUACCGACUCAAGUUCCUUCAGCAGGAUUUUAAAAUCUCACUCCAGUCUUUACACCAAAGUUGGCAACUCAGCCAAAAUGUACUAAAUUAGCCUGGACGUGUUCGGAGUCUGAAGUUUGCUUCUGUCGAUUUGCUUUGGAGCUCAAGUGCUUGCAGUAACUGUAACUGCAUGUCAGAGUGUCAGUCACCACAUCAGCAGGUCUAUAUGAGUUUACUAUAGAGCUCGCUGUGGCGUGAAGCCGGUGUGUCAGGUGUGUUUAGGCAUACAGUUUUAAUAAUGCUAAGUGGUAAAGUACAAGCCUCCAUUGCUUGUUACCUACAUUUGCGUCGGAGCUCCAGAACAAAACUGAAAAAGCAAACUUUGCUCAUGUCUUUGCUGAUCGACUACAAUCAGGGUAAAGGAGAAGCUGUCAUUUCUGCUGAACUAUUGCUUUAAACCGUUUUUAACAUUGCACUAAAAGAGUAGUCAGUUUUAUCUGAGCAUCAUGUGGUUUACAUUACCAUCACUUCCAGUCAGAUUAUAGAUCGUGACCAUAUUAGUAGUUUAGCUGAUCUGAGCUUUUGGGCCCUGUUUGUGUAGCUGAGGCGGCACCGUCGACCUGAAAUGGCAAAUACAAGGAAUAGUUUAGUGAUUUCACAUCCUCCCCUUUAAAGAGUAACUAUCCGUUGUACUCCGACAUUAUUAGUAGUGGUUUUGUUAAACAUCCAGAAGGUAGUAAAUCGAGCUGGACAUAAUAGAACCAGAGUGAAGUGCCUCUAUCUGACCGGGGUCGUGUAUCAAAUCCGUCACAGUGCUGAGUUAGAAUCAUUGCCUUUUAAAUCUGAAUGAGUGAAAUUAAACAUACCAUGUAGAGUUGAUCGUAGAUCUGCUGGGACUGAUGCGCAUGUGCUCAGGCCUUUCUAGCUUGUUUCUGACCGGUUAUAGUUGUUGACAUCCUUAUAGAUCUGCUUGCGUCUGUUCUGGGUUACGGAGAAAAGCUGCUGUCUUUUUCUACUUUAUAGUGUAAACUCUUUGCUCUUCAUACCUCUUCAUGGUGCAAAAGCCGUUCUAGACUGGCUCAUCUUCAUGAUCAGGCUGAAUGCUGCCAGUCCGAGCCUGGCCAACGUGUGUGUUUGUUUCUUGGUCAUUGCUUUUUCUUCAGCUUGUCACUGACCUUCGGGACGGUCAUCAGGCUCUGCUUUGGGGACUUUCAUAUUUACAUGUAAGCUUUUUAUUGGAUCCAAUAACUGCAGAUCUCUCUUUCAGUGUAUCUGACAUAUUGAAUGUCUUAUAUUUUGUACCUAAUAGACGUCUAGUUCACUCCGAAUGCUUUCUACACCUGCUGGUCUAGAACACCUUUAUUAUGCCAAGAAAAAAUACUAAAACUAGCAAAUAAGAGGCAGCAUAAUAUCUCAAACAAUCAGAGCUUGUCCAUGGUGAGCUAACAGUACAGUAUGUGUUUGUAUUGAAGGAGCAUAUCAUGCAAAAUUCAUAUUUUCAUGUGAUUCCUGACCAUGAAGUUGUAAUUCCUGACCGUGCCAAAGUCAGAGAGCACCCUUCGCUUAGCUCUACUUGCAGUCGCUUCGCCCACCGAGUACCAGGGAUACACUUUGUCAGGAGAUAUUUCUGAGGAGAUUAGAUGUAAAAUAAUCCAGUUGUAUAAAUGUGGGGAAAGUUAAAGAAAAGGGAGGAAAAAAACUGGAGUUUCCUGAACUGGGAUUUAAAAGCUGAUUGAAAGAAAAAUAGGACACCUAACAAGUACAUCAGAGCUGGUCGACCCCAAAACUGCCCCCGUCAGAUAAACAGCACUGAAAGCUUUGAUCUCUGAGAGAGAGGAGAAGAUCAAGCUGCUUCAGAUCUGAAAACAUCCACAGGUGUUUCUGUCCAUCCUUCCACUGUGAGAAGACCACUCAGCACUGUGGGUCUGAAAACAGUGGUCACUGUCAAAGAAAGGGAAAAGGAAACAGACAAAAACUAAGACAAUUUGCACAUUAAACAAAGAAUCUGCUGAUGUUCUUAAAACAAUGGACUGUCCACCCCAGAGUCCAGACUUUAGCAUCACUCGGACAUCACUGUUUGGGAUCAUCUGAAAAGCAGAACUUCGGAAAUGUGAAAAAUAUCCCAGCAGACCUUUUUGAAGAACUGAGUCUCCAAAAAAGCAUUGAAGCUGUAAUAAAGCCAAAGUGAAGACACGAAAUACCGAAAUCUCUGAUAUUCUGUGUAGCUGUUGAGGCUCCUGCGUAAUUUUCUGUUGAAUAGGUUUCCUUUUUUCCUGAUGCUGAAUAAGGAAUGCCUUGUACUUAAAGACAUGAUUGGAAAUUAAAGAAAUGAAGCCUUUGGCAAAGCACUGUAGUUUCAGGAAACUGUCCCCUCACCCUUACCAAACAUAGCUAGAACCCUUUUGACGUCUAGUUGAUGGCAACAGUAGAACAUAUUUAGGAUCUACAGCGUAACAGGAAAUAGCCUAGACUUUUAUUUUAAACAGCCCGGAUUUGUCAGAAUCUUUGCAAUUGAACCGCGUUGAGUUUGUAAAAUACAGGGAAGUCAUUCAGUGACCAGGAAACACACAUGGACUUCAGAACCAAAGACAUUCAGGACAUGUAGAUCACUCAUUUUAAGGCCGUCCUCCAGGUGGACUAUAUGACUGAUGCGUAACUGACCUAACGGUCAUUUUGAAUUGGUUUCUGCCGGUGAACGUUCCCAGACCGUCAGUAGGACACAAGCAGAAGAGCUGAUUGUUAGACUGUUAAGACUCCGUGAGCUCAUUUCCGUGAUCCAAACAGCCCCUGACUGAACCUUCCCAACUGUCUUCCAGGUCAAAGGACAUACGAAACUCCCAGCUCCGGUCCUGAUCCACAGUUCUGUACUUUCUCUGAGUCCGGCUUUGUGAGCUGAAUCAGGUGUUGGAGCUGGAAAAACACAAAACUGCAAAAUAAGGCUCAGGACUGGAGCUGGUAGACCACCAGCAUGGAAUGCUCCUUUAAAAGAACUCAAUACUGCAGCGUUUUUCAGCUGAACUCUGUAUGAUGAACCUGUGAUAUACAGUCAAUUACCUGAAACGUCUCUCUAAAGCGGCCCACUUAGGUUUCCCCCCCGUAGAUGGUGCUGUAGCUCUAAGCCAGGGGGCGUCCGGCGUUUUUCAAAAGUUCUGCUGAGUCUUUUUUUUUUUUUUUUUGGGAGCUUUAAAUCUGGGCGUAAACUCCCGAGGUUCUGCUCUCAUGUCAUGUUUCCCGGAAAUGUAACCAAAGCCAGUGGAAAGACUGUUACCAGGCACCGAGGUUACUGUGCUCACACUGACUUCCUGUCGUCUCGGUCAGUUUAAACUUGCUGUCAGUUCAGAACGAAGACGGUCACCAAGCAUUUAAAGCCAUAAAGAGGAGACUCAGACCGUCGCGUCUCUCUGUGGCUCGCUGCUAAAAUAAGUCACACUAAAACGAAUUGUAAUGAACGCAUUAUGAUUUUUAAUUUAGCUCCCUAAACUAACUGCCUAGCUAGCGUCGCGUUGUGUUAUCGUCUUAUAGAAACUAGGAAAUAGAUUGGCAACAUGGACAAAAGCAUUCAAUAGCCUUUACUGUAUGCCUGCCUGUACAUGUAAUCAUCUGAUGUCAAUCUGUUUUAGAGGCUCUAGGUUACCUGUCAUGCCAGUAUUUUUAGACCACACUUUUUGAUACUGAACAUUUUAUUUUGAAAUACAAAAAUAUUAUACAUUCCAAAAAUUAUUUAUCUGCAUCAACGUUUUUCUUAUUUUUAAAACUCACAUUAAAAGACUGCCAUGUACUGUAUGUCAUAACUGACUUGUAACAAUCAUAGAUAAUAUAUUUAAUAUGGCAAAUAAAUUAUAGUCAUUAUA